UUGUACUGUUUAACUUCUCUCCAACUUUUUGAUUUGUUUGGUUAUAAAAGAGAUUAAAAAGUGUCCCUAUAGAUUGCCGAUUUAGAGUUUUCGAACAGAACAGUUCUAGAUGGAUGUCUAUAAGUCUCGGGUUGCUGUGGUUGAAACCUGGCUGGAGCUGCAAACAACUUCUCAGGUUACAGCGCAACACAGGUGAUGGCUUCAGGACCUGGUAGUGAAGGAAAAAAAACUCUCAAGGUCUCAAUGUCCAGCAACGAAUACAACAAUUAUAAAAAAGUUCUUAGUAUGCCAACAUCUAACCAGGGCUGGCCAGAGGAGUUUGGCUUCCAGCUGGGGGGCACUGGGCCCAGCUAUAUCCUUACAGUAGAGGAGGGUAGCAGUGCUCACCUCUCUGGCCUCCAGGCUGGAGACCAGGUGCUGGAGAUUGAAGGCCAAGAUGUUUCCAAUCUGGGAGCUCAUGCUGUCAUUGCCCUGGCACAGGCACAAAAAAACAUCCCCCCCAGCAUUGGCGUGGUCUCCAGAAUACACCAGAUGGAUAUUAUCCCAGGCCCUGAUGGCCGUUUUGGCUUUACUAUCGUGGGAGACUGCCCGCUGCUGGUGGAGGACUGCUCUCCCUGCUCCCCUGCUGGGCGCAGUGGUCUAAGGGCUGGAGAUUACGUCAUGGAAGUUAAUGGAAUCCCUGUGAAGCAUCACGAGAUGGCUGCUACCUUAAUAAAGGCAUCACAGGGUCGCACGCUGCGCCUUGGAGUGCUUUGCAUGGGCAGCCGGCAGAAGCGUAGCAGCUCCAUAGACGAGUGGCAGAGAAGCAACGAAAGCACAAGACUGGACCGCAAACAUAAAGCCUUAGAAUUCAAUAAAAGGGUUGAGGAGGUGCUGGGGAAAUCACCUGAGGUAAAAGAGAAGCUGUUUGCUGUACUAAAGCAGUUUGCUGCUGAGAGGAAGGUGGAGUGGCUGGCAUCUGUUCUUCCUGACAUCCUGACCACUGAGGAGCAGCAACAACUCAUUUCUAAUGUCAGGAUCUUCAUCCCCAAGAAGCACCGGCAGAGGUUCGACGACGCCGUCUCCCAAAGUCUCCUCAACCGUGUGUGCCGCAGUAAAAGUGUGAGUGAGCCGGGCCAGAACCGACUGCGUCGCAGCCGCAGCCAGGAGCACCAUGACAGACCCCAUGCAUCCAAAAGGGCCAGCUCAGUGCCCAGAGACACCGGAGAGAACCACGAACGUGGCCACAAGAAGAGCUCGGCUGGUGUCCCCAGCGCCCCCCCAUCUGGGGCAAAUCAGAGGACCAUUCGUGUCUACAGAGGAAAGAAGAGCUUUGGGUUCACACUCAGAGGCCAUGCACCUGUUUGGAUUGACUCAGUUAUCCCAGAUAGCCCUGCCGAGGAGUGCGGCCUUAAACCAGGAGAUCGCAUUUUGUUUCUCAAUGGGCUGGAUAUGAGGAAUUGCUCCCACGAAAAGGUGGUAUCAAUGCUACAGGGCAGCGGUGCCAAUCCCACUCUGGUGGUGGAGGAGGGACCAGUGCUAUACUCUCCAUCAGACUCUGAAACGGAAGAGACGCCCUCCCUUGGUUGCUCUCACUCACCUGCGCUCAGCUCCCUGCAGUGGGUAGCAGAGAUCCUUCCUCCUAGCAUUCGUGUGCACGGCCGCACCUUCAGUCAGCAGCUCGAGCACCUGCUCACCACACAAGAGAGAUACACCAUCUGCAAGGCUCUCGAGACCUUCUUUCAGCACAGGAAUGUGGACACACUCAUUGUGGAUGUUUUUCCUGUGCUGGACACUCCUGCCAAGCAGCUGAUCUGGCAGUUCAUCUAUCAGCUUUUGACCUGUGAGGAGCAGGAGCGCUGCAAGAGCAAGAUCUCCCGCUUCCUGGGCUUCAAAGGAACAGAGCCUGAACUGGGCACUGAAAAUCACAGACGGAGCAGCUCCAUGAGGGUUACUGGAACAUCCCACCGAAACAGUGUCAGAGAAAGAAGCUCAGAUGACUGCAUUAUUGGCACUCAUCUAGGAAUGGGGACUUUCACUGAGCCUGCAACCCCAGGAGAAAGACAAUGUGGCGAUGGGACCUCCUUUCCAGAGUCCCCAGAUUUGAACAACCUGUCAGGAGUGUACACAGAGCUGGAGAGUGCAUUCACGGUGAAGAACAGCAAGCCUCUGCAGAGUAACUCUUCACCUGCGAAUGAGGGCAUGAGCCAGACUGAUAGCCAUUCACGUACUCUCUCCUUCACACAUGCUAAAAAAGGAAACCGUAAGUCAGGCCUGUCUCUGACAUGGAAGGAGCCCUGCACCAGUCCUCAGUAUGACCUCUACCAGCAGACCAUCCCUUCUCCUGGAAGCAUGGACUCCAACCCCUAUGUCAGCCUGGACAGCUCUCCUACUUCUCCACAGCAAUCAGAUGAGGCUCCAAGCCCUCAGCCUCGUCGGAGAAAACUCUUCACUUUCUCCAGACCCCCACGCAGCCGAGACACAGACAAAUUUCUGGACGCCUUAAGUGAACAGCUUGGCCACCGAGUUACCAUUGUGGAUAACUUUCUGGGAGGCGAGAAUGACUACGAAGAGAUGAGUUUCCAGGAGGAACAGGACAACAUAUUGUCUCGUCAAGCAAGCAGUGCAAGCAGUGAAGACCACAGCAGUGAGGAUUCAAGUUCAUUAACCUACUCUUCUGAAUCAGAGCAAAUCCCGCCCCCUCCCCGGAGCCCACCACCUCCGCCCCCUCCUAUCCAGUUCACUGACACGCCCUCCCCCAUCUGCCUCACCCCACAACACAUGCCUCAACCUCCUCCUGCCUUCCAGAACCACCCAAUCAUACCCCCUCCACCGCCCCCUCCUCGGUUUAUCCUCACCAAGCAGUCAUCUCUUCACCAAGUGCUGCCUACAUCUCAGGAGACAAGGUUCCAUCCCACGCAGCCCCGAAAGCCCUUUUCUCAGCCUUCUGUUCAUGCUAGCCAGCAGCUUCACCAACCCAAAGCCCACCCUAUUCUGCAUUCUUCCUCUCAUACCUCUCCACAACCUCCUCACACAUCCCAAAAUCCUCCUCACACAUCCCAAAAUCCUCCUCACACAUCCCAAAAUGCUCCUCAUACAUCCCAAAAGCCUUCUCACACAUCCCAAAAGCCUUCUCACACAUCCCAAAAGCCUUCUCACACAUCCCAAAAGCCUUCUCACACAUCCCAAAAUCUGCCUCACACAUCCCAAAAGCCAUCUCAUGCAUCGCAAAAUCCUCCACACGCAUCCCAAAAGCCUUCUCACGCAUCCCAAAAGCCUUCCCUCGCAUCCCAGAAGUCUUCUCAUGCAUCCACACAACCUCUCCAGUCUUCCCCACAACCCCCCUUUACAUCCUCUCACCCUGCUCACACAUCCUCACACCCUCCACUGAGACACCGCACCCAGUCCCUCUUUCAAAUCCAGCAGAGCUCUGCCAUGCUGCCGAAAACAAAGAGGGAAUCCCCACAGUCUACCCAUAAGACCUAUGAGAGUAACAUUUCAAAGGUGACACCACCACCUCCACCUCCAUUACCCCCACCCUGUGAACCCCCACCGCUACCAAAACCAAGCCCUCAGGCUUCAGAUACUAACCACAUGAGUGUGAAGAGGCUCCGCUGGGAGCAGGUGGAGAAUUCUGAGGGCACUAUCUGGGGACAGCUUGGUGAAGACCCUGAUUAUGGAAAAUUGAGUGACAUGGUGAAAUACCUCAAUCUGGAGAUGCACUUUGGAACCCAAUCAGGUUCCAUUUCUCUUCCAGAGCCCACCAUUUUACCUGAGAGCUUUAAAAAGAAAGAUGUGGUGGAGAUUCUCUCUCAUAAAAAAGCCUACAAUGCUUCUAUCCUCAUAGCCCAUCUGAAGCUGUCUCCGGCUGAGUUAAGACAGGUCCUCAUGACUAUGAGCACCGAGCGCCUGGAGCCCUCUCACAUUAAGCAGCUAUUGCUUUAUGCCCCCGAUGAUGAUGAGGUUAAACAGUUCCAGCAGUAUAACCAGGACCCUGACAAGCUUAGUGAACCUGACAAGUUUGUCCUUCAGAUGUUACUUGUGCCCGAGUAUAAAACCAGAUUGCGGAGUCUCCUGUUUAAAACCACCCUGCAGGAGAAAACUGAAGAAAUGAGAAUUGGAUAUGAGUGCAUCUACAAAGCCUCUCUAGAGCUCAAAAACAGCAAGAAACUGGCAAAGAUCCUAGAGUUUGUCUUAGCAAUGGGAAACUAUCUUAAUAAUGGCCAACCAAGGACAAAUAAACCCACAGGCUUUAAAAUUAACUUCCUUACUGAGCUGAGCACAACCAAAACCGUUGACGGGAAGUCCACCUUCCUCCAUAUUCUAGCCAAAUCACUAUGCCAACACUUUCCCGAACUUCUCAACUUUGCCGGAGAGCUUAUAACAGUGCCACUUGCUGCCAAAGUAAAUCAGAGAACCAUUACAUCAGACCUCAGUGAUCUCCACUCCACCAUCCAGGAAAUCAGAACUGCCUGUCUAAAGAUCGGAGCCACAGCAGAAGAUCGAUUUGCAGCAGUCAUGAGUAACUUCCUGGAAAACUCACAUCCCGCUGUGCAGUCUCUGGACUCUCACCAGCAGAAAGCAAUGGACGAGUUUGCCAAGGUGGCUUCUUACUUUGGAGAAGACAGCAAGACCACGACUACAGAAGCAUUCUUUGGCAUCUUUGCAGAAUUUAUCUCUAAGUUUGGGAGAGCACUAAAUGACACACGGGUCACAGAAAACCCCAGAAGCCCUCGCAUUGCUUCACCUUUAGCCUGGUGAGAAUAUGCUUUAAAAGUGCCGCCCUCAUAAACUAAGGUCAUCCGUGUGCCAAGAACUCGACAAAACAACAGGGGAAAAAUCAUUUAAUCUAUGUUAAAGUUUAUAACCUUAAUGUUACAAGUAUAUCUUCAUCAUAAAGAAUUUAUAUUUUAUACAACUUUAAAGUAAUCAAGGAUAUGGAUAUAGUUUCAUUAUUUUUAAAAGGAUUCCAGUGGCAAGAGAAUGUAACAAGAAUGUGCGCACUUUAUUAUUCUUUCACCCACAUUUGACGAUACCGUAGUCAACUGUGUAUUUAUUUCUUCCCUGAUAAAUAUUGACCAAAAAAAACCUAAUGAUAAUGAUGAAUGAGUGUUAAUCAUAUUCAUCAGCCAACGUUGUAAACAAGCUAUUCAUUUCUGCCCAGCAUUAGUGUUGCCCAGCACUUGCUGAGAAUUGACCCUGCCACGCUCAUAAUGGCCACUUAUUUUGUAUGAUCUGUCUGAACAGUGGCAAAGCUGUGCAUGAAAAACUGUGCAGUGUAACAGUACUCAUUAUGAAACUGUCAUCUAUGAACUCUCUUGCUGUGACAAUUGAAAAUCUAAGUAAAAAUUCAUAGGUCUGAUUUUAGUCACAAUGAAAUGGCCCUGUUUACACUGUUUGUUUCAUGUUUACAUGGUAGAUUAUUAUGCAGCGUGGCAGAUUUUCAUUGAAAUACUGUUUAAAAUGUUCUUUCUGCCUGAUUUUUUGUGUUCCCAACAAUCUAUUAGUAGCUUCCUUAUUAAAUCCAAAUGCAUGGACAACUAAUUGCUUGUCUUUGUGUCAAAAACAAACACCAAUUUUCCUUUUUUUCUUCUUCUUCUUUUUCAAACCUGUGACAGUAUUUUGAGAGAUUAAUCUGCAAUUUGCAUGUAGCAUUGUGUUUAUUUUUGUUGGCAAAAAAAUUAUUAUUCUUAUUAUUACUAUUAUUAUUCUUUCCUUUAGGACUUGGUUGUAUUAGUGUGUAGAUUGUUUGUGAAUAGGAUAGUAUUUAUCCUGUGCAGUUCUCUUUCAGCUUCACUUUCUUUGGGCCACAUUGGGCUGCGUUUUAUUCUGCUGUCUAAUUUAUAUCUUGUGAAUAAAGAAAAACUUCUGACAAGCA